AUGGCGAACGAGGGCAAGACGCAGGCAGAGCUCGAACAGGAGGCGAAGGACUGCAAGCGGUGUCAGAAGUGGAGGGACGAACUCACUCGAGACAGUCCCAUCGUCCGCUUCCUCCUUACCCACAUCUCGCUCCUCCCUCCUCCACCAGACGCCCCUCUCGCUCCACUCGAAGGCUCACAGACUCCCCAUCUCCCCCUCCCUAUCACCUGCUCGCCUUGUCCACCCACCAUGGCUGGAGGAUACGCCUCAGGACUCGGCGUCCUCCUCUGCCAGAACCGCUUCAUGAGCCGGAAACACAUGGAGGAUGCUCUGUCGCACGAGCUCAUCCACGCGUGGGACGAGCGACGAUUCAAGCCGAAGGGACAAUGGGGCGAGGACUUGCGGGCGCAUGCUUGUACCGAGAUCCGCGCGGAGAACCUUAGCGGCGACUGUCGACUUGGGCGCGAGUUCACCCGACGGAAUUGGGCGUUCACGAAGCAGCAUCAGGCGUGCGUUCGGCGACGAGCGAUCCUCUCGGUUGCCGCGAACCCAAACUGCAAGAGCCGAGAAGAGGCAGAGCGGGUGGUCAACGAGGUGUUCGACAGCUGCUUCCCUGACACGCGGCCGUUCGACGAGAUCUACUGA